CCACCACCUACAUUUUCAUCAGCUCAAAUUUCUUCACCUUCUUUUCAUCCACUCAAAUACCUCCCUAAUUUCCAAAACACCAAUUAAAAAAAUAUAUAUUCCAAUUUAAAAAUAAAUAUGAGAACCGUAAUUGCCUUCUCUACUGCAAUUCCGGUAACAGAAUCUCCACUGGAAUCAUCGCUGCCGCCAACUCCAACACCAACAGCCAUGGGGCAGCAGCAGCAGCAGCGCUCGCCGUGGCACUCUCCGGUUCCCUACCUAGUCGGAGGCCUGGCGGGGAUGUUGGGUCUGGUUGCUUUUGCUCUGUUGAUCCUUGCCUGCUCUUACAGGAAGCUUUCGAGCCGGUUGGAGGAUAGAGAGGGAGGCGAGGGAGACUUAGAGAGCGGCGGCGGCGGCGAUGAGAAGGGUGACGGGUCGAAUAAAUCAGUGAAGGUGUUCGAGGAGAAGAUUUUGGUUAUUAUGGCAGGGAAUGAGAACCCAACUUUCUUGGCCACGCCGGUUUCCGUGUGCUCGAAAGCGGCUUCUUUCGGCGUCGCUGACGAUUAUGCCGACGAACAGGGGAUGAGCAAAGAAGUAAAAAAGGAGGAGAGCUCCGAGAAAGUGAAAGAAGAAAUGGGGUCCCAUGAUCCCGAAGAACCCGAAAAUAUUCGAAACCAAGACGAUGAAGCGGAGACUCAGCCGAGGCGAUUACAAGAAGAACAAGUACAACAUGAAAACCAGCGAGCUUAACUCAGGAGAAUUUGGACGUCCUAGGCUAGCCUUCGAAAUGGAGCCUAGAGUUCCCUAACUACCGAUCAUUUGUAUAUUGAUAUGUGUAAAAAAAAUUCAUUAAAUACAUGAAAAAUCUAUUUAUACAUCAAAUAUUAUUAAAAAUUAAUAUCAAAAGAAGAAAUAUAUACAAACAUUA